GGAGAGAAUGUCAAAAUUUAAUGUUCUCUGCAAUCAGCAGCAGUAGCAGCAUCAGCAUCUUUUUGCAAAUUGUUUUGGUAUCCCUUAUUGGGAACUUAUUUCAAUUAAAUCACAAAUGCCGUUGAAAUUUUUUAUAUUUAUGGAGAAUUAGUGAAUACUUUUGAAAUGAAUUGAGAAUUGCGCGUUUACCUUUUGAAGAAGCGAAAUGGGACAGACAAAGAGCCAAUUCACUGACGAGGAGUUACAAGAUUACGAAGACUUGACAUUUUUUUCGAAAAAAGAGAUACUCCUUGCUCACAAAAAAUUUAAAAGCCUUGCUCCCGAAAAAGUUGGACACAACAAGAAUGCCAAAUUGUCAAUGAGCAAAAUAUUACAAUAUCCAGAAUUGCGUGUUAACCCUUUCGGCGAUCGAAUAUGUAAAGUGUUUAGCUCAAGUGAGGAUGGUGAUAUGACAUUUGAAGACUUUUUAGAUAUGAUGAACGUAUUUAGUGAUGCUUGCCCAAAAAAAUUAAAAGCGGAAUACGCUUUCCGCAUUUGGGAUUUCGAUGGUGAUGAUAUGCUUGGUGUUUCGGAUUUAAAACAAGUUAUUGAACGAUUAUGUGGCCCAGAAAACAAAUUAGAUGACUGCGAUAUGAAAGAGAUUAUUCACUGCAUUCUAGCAGAAGCAGAUUUCGAUGAUGAUGGAGCUUUGUCGUUUCCGGAAUUCGAGCAUGUCACUGAUAAGUCUAGAGACUUUCUUAAUUCUUUUCGCAUAAGACUUUAAGAGCACA